AUGUUGGUUGUCAGUCAAGAAACCGAGUUGGAACAAGCUUUAAGUGUACAUCGACGAUUGGGUAAAGUUAUUGGUUUGGUGCCAACAAUGGGUUCACUUCAUGAAGGACACCUAAAGCUGGUUAAAGUCGCCCAAGCUGAAUGUGACAUUGUUGUCGUUACUAUAUUUGUGAACCCAACGCAAUUUGCUCCAAAUGAAGAUUUUGAUAAAUAUCCUCGAAAUUUCGUUAGUGAUUGUGAUAAGCUGGAAUCUAUUGGCGCUGAUAUACUUUUUGCUCCUAGUGUUGAUCUUAUCUAUCCCAAUGGCAAGGACAGUUGCACCAAAGUUAUUUUACCCGAUUCAUAUACUAAAAUAUUGUGUGGACGUUCAAGGCCUCAUUUUUUUGAUGGAGUAGCUCAAGUUUGUACUAUACUGUUCAAUAUUGUUAAACCUGAUAUUGCUGUUUUUGGUGAAAAGGAUCGUCAACAAAUUACCAUUGUUCGUAAAAUGGUAAAGGAUCUUCACAUUAACAUUGAAAUAAUUGGUGUACCAACAGUAAGGGAAGCGAAUGGACUGGCCAUGUCUUCAAGAAAUAACUAUUUACCUGUUGAAAAAUUGUCACUUGCUUCAAAUUUGUUUAAAAUGAUGGAAAAAACUGCUUCUGCCAUCAAAACCGGUAACCAUGAUUAUGAGAAACUCUGUUCAUCCGCUUGUCAACAAUUAACAGCUGAUGGUUUUCAAGUUGACUAUUUUGAGAUCCGCAAUCUUCAUGACUUAUCGUCUAAUCUCUCUAAUGACAUUUGUAUUUUCACUGCAGCUUGGUUAGAUGGAACUCGUUUAAUUGACAAUUAUCCACUUCCUAGUUUUAAUAACCAUGAAGGUUGUGGAAAUGGCAGUUGA